GGGCGGGGGGCGGGACGGCGCCACGGGGCCGCUCCAGAUGCCCCGGGAGGUAGGAAGAGGAGGACGGCGGGCGCGCGCAGGUGAGAAAACCAUGAGUCCAGUGAGGUUUCAUGGCCAGCCCAAGUUCAUACAGGCUUAGUGCCAUAAUGUAAACUGAGUUCAUUGUCACGUGAACCGUGUUAUCCAUGAGUAUUCACAAAGAAUGGAAACAGACUGCAAUCCCGUGGGGCUGAGCAGCAUGUCAGGACUGGAGGAAGAUGCGGAGCUUAAUGGUUUUGGAGGAGCUGACAUGAAGGACAUGAAGCUGGAGGCCGAGGCGGUUGUGAGCGAUGUUCUCUUCGCCGUCAACAACAUGUUUGUCUCAAAAACGCUGCGCUGCGCCGACGACGUGGCCUACAUCAACGUGGAAACGAGGGAGGGGAGCAGGUACUGCCUGGAGCUCACCGAAGCCGGGCUCAGGGUGGUAGGCUAUGCAUUUGACCAAGUGGACGAUCACUUGCACACUCCCUAUCAUGAAACAGUCUACUCUUUGCUGGACACGCUGAGCCCUGCCUACCGGGAAGCAUUUGGAAACGCACUCCUUCAAAGACUGGAAGCUUUAAAACGGGAUGGACAGUCGUGACUGAGCUUUUUCCUUUGCAGGGGGGCUGUGCUGGCACAAAACGCUGACCUAAAGCUUGAAAUUGUUACGUGUUGUCACGGUAGAAAACGCAUCUUUGGUUUUAGGUCUGUCAUUUCUUGCUUCAGAUUUAGGCUUUUGACUCCUAAUAUUAUUGACUAGUGGAUUCUCUUUCUUAGUUUUGGGUUCAUUAAGGGAAUGCAGAGGCCAUUGCUGGGACACCAUCAUUAAGACCUUCACAUUUCUUCAUAGAGUGUCUCCGCAUCUCAAAAACCUAAGCAGUAUUUCCUUCUGCUCUCACAGGACUUCGAUGCUGCCAGCACUUUUACAUAGGAAAUUCUAGAUUUGCACAGUAAUGUACAGGAAUUAAAAUGACCUAACUUCAGACUUUGAUUCAGCUUGCUAAAUCAGGGGUUUACUAUUAGCUUGGACUGACUUUGUAGUAGUUAUUGCUACUAGCCUUACUGGAAACAAACUAUCCACUAGUUUCCCCGGCACAAAUUUUGAAAUUCACUGCUUCACUUAAUCUAUUUAUAUUACUAAUAUGGACCGAUAAAGAUGAAGUAAUUCUAUACAUGACUUAGCUAGUAUUAAAGGGAAAACAGGGACUGAACUGAUAGUUCUGAAUUCCUUGUUUGCAACAGCCAGCCGACCAAGACCGUUAGCAGAUGAAUGUAAUAAUUACUCGUUUCCAAGAUACUGAAGCACACAAGCAAAUAUAGGAACAGGCUCCAUUUUUCUUAACAAAAAACAUCUUCAGUGCGUGUGUGACUUAAAAGGAAGAAGAUUCUGAUUUCCCAGAAAACCAUAUGGUGGCCUGUGUUGACUCCUAUCACGAAUGUUUGUUUACGUGAUGUACAGUCUAUAUUCAGAAAGUAUUUUUGCUUCUGCGUUUACUUUCUACAAAGCGGCGCUCUGGGCACUCGGGCCGCGCCCCGCCCUCCCCGCCAGCUGCACAGUGUUCGUCUCCAGGCCGCGUCUGCGGUAUAACGGGAGUGCAUUGUAUGGGUUUGGAACCAAAGGAUGAAUGGAGCAUUCAGACACUUCAUAUUUAAAAAGCGGGAGACUCUGUUUUUCUAUUUUAUUACAGGCACGAACAUUUAUAAAACUCACCUGUACCAUGCUGCUACAUGUUUUCAAGGUCGCGUUGAAUACUAAGGAUUGGCGAGUCGAUUUUUAGUGGUUAGUCUACAGCAGCAGCUUGUAGAAAUGUUGCACUAGAUUCUGCAUCCGGAGCCACCUUCCCAGCUCGUCAUCUGCAGACCGUCUCUCCUCACGAUUCGACUGAAGACCACGAAGAGCAGACCGCCGGGUGGCCUGUGGCCGGUCUCAGCGGCAGAAUCCACGGCGCGGCCCGAAGUGUGCUCGCUAGGGGCGCGGUCCUCACGCCUGCGUUUUCAGAUGCUCCCUGUCCAGGCAGUGAGGUCCGACCGCAGGCCAGGUUUUCUCACGCUUAACGCUCAGGCUAAAUAAAUGUAAAGGAUAUUUGUAAAGUUUGAAUAAAAUUCUGUCUACUCAUUUUGAGCCAAGUACGAACAAAAGUGAUUGUAUGUUCCGAAACUGACAUUGUUCGUUUUGUGAUACAUGGCUGGUUCCAGGAGCUUCCGCGUCCCGUUUUCGAAUUCCAUAUUGUUACAUUUUGCUGUGAUGUGAUUUGCUCUUUUUAUUAUGAUGAAAGAGAACAGAGAGAGAAGACAUUAAUAAAGUUAUACAGAUACUAAAACUUCCAUUUCA